GCUUUGAUCAGUCACCAUCUGAAUCUGACUUGGAUCACCCUGCAACUGAGGAUGCAGUUGUUGAUAAUCCACUAGCUGAGGUUUAUCCAGCAGCUGUGGAUAAUAAAACUGACCUUCUGUUGGACAGCACUCUUAAUUCUGCAGACAUUAUUGACAGAACAGAUACAGCUGUUGAGAUUCCAGAUUUUAAGCAUGAAACUGUGGAUUCUGCAGACAUUGAUACAACUGACGAAGUUUCAGAAGGUAUUUAUAAAGCAUCUGAGCUUUCAGUGGGCAUUAGUAAGACUACAGAGAAUACAGACAGUAUACAUGCAAUGACUGUAGUUACAGAUGUUAGUCAAGCAACAGCUGAGGGCAUUCUCCAAAAUACAGAGGCUAUAGAUGAAAGUAUUAUAACAUCUGACUUUGCAGAUAGACAUACCACAGCUGAGGUUACUGAAGAUAAAUGUGCAACACCUGAUAGUAUGGAAUGUGGGCCUUCCAAAGUAGUAGUAGAUGUUGCAGUUGAGGAGAGUGAUGCAAGUCUCCUUCAUGACAACUUGAAAAUGAAGGCUUUUAACCUUGGUCCUGAGGUGGCUGAAACUCCAGCAGAAGGUACUAGUGUUUCUGAACAUUCUAUUGUUCAAGAUGAGUAUAUUGCAAAUGAGCCAUCUGCAUCUGAGUCUGACUUUAAAGAAACCAGUUCUCCUGCAUCUGAAAAAGAAAUAAAUGAAACUUAUCCCAAAGCAAGCACAGGGAAAAAAGAGACAGAUAUUUUCCCAUGUGAAGGAUUACCACCGAAUGAAGACAGAGCUGGCAGUGAUAAUGAGGGUCCCAAUGCAUUCGAGCACAAAUUUGAAGUUGUUAGUGAUAUUAGAUCAUUAACCAGUCCAGUUUCUAAUGAAGUGUUAGCUGUAGAUGGAAAUGGUGGUGUUUGUGAAAAGAUAAUUGAAAAUUAUACAACCGAUUGCAAUAAAAGUAUUGAAGUAACACAGAGUGGGGUUGAGUCUAAAGUGCAGUCUUCAUAUGAAACUGGAAACCAACGUGUAGUUGGCAACAGUGCUGAUUUUGAAGUUGCACAAGAUAGUACUGGAUUCCAUCAACCAGUUAGUUCAUCACAAAAACUAGUAGCUAAAAUUGGUGAGGAUAUUAGUUCAGAAGCUGAAAUUUUAGAAGAGAAAAAUCCACUGAUGAAUGAUGACACACUGAAGUUGGACAGAAAACCAGAACCUGUAACAUUGUGUCCUCUUUGCAUGAAGACUUUUAAUCAGCCAUUAGAUGUACAUCUUGCAGAGUUUCAUAUUUGUAACCACUUCAUUCCAGCAAAAAGAACACAAGCUUAUAAGUUGCACAUGCUUCAAAGAGUUAAAGACAUCACCCGUGUAACAGAGGCGAUUGACACUCAGGAAUUUGUAUAUGUUUGUCGUUCUUGCCAAUUUGCAAGUAAGGAUAUUAAUGCAGUCAGAUUUCAUGUUAACAUUCAUGAGGAUGUUUAUCAAGCCAUUCCUGGCAAAAUUUCUUGUGAGUGUAAUCAGAGGAAAUAUUCUUAUCCAUUUCAUAAAUGGAAACACCUACUUCAUUGCAGUACUUAUGAAUGUAUGAUAUGCAAUUUCUAUUUUGCAUGUGAAAAAGGACUAUUGAAUCACCUUCAUGCUUUGCAUUUUAGUGAAGGCACUUGUAACAGUUGUAAAAUGGAAGUAACACGAGACAGCAUGUUAGUACAUGCUUGUCUUACCUCAUGCAAAAAUGAUUCAGAAACUCUGGAUUUGGAACCAGAGGAAUCAAAUAUAAACUUCAGGUUUGGAUUGUCAUGGAAUACCCUUGACAAUUAUAUCAACUAUUUAGAUGGUAAAGAUUUUAGAUUAAAUACUUCUUCUAAAUUGAUGGAUCCCAAUCUUGAUAGAAGUUACCUGAAAUUUCCAAUUAAAAAUGUGCUUAGUGAAGCAGUAGUACCUGAUGAAGUAAAAUUGGACCCUGGGAAGGAUAUUGGAAAGUAUAUGAAGGGAAAGAAGAAUAUCAAGCUAACCCUCAGUGAGGAAAGCUAUGGCAUUGUGAAGAACUUCCAUUUAUCAGUGCAGUUUGACCUUGAAAAGAAAUUAGGCAGAAAGGGAAGAAGGGGCCAAGGUUUCAUUCCAAGAGCUAAGCGUGAGGAUGAUUUAUUUGAUGUUUUGGGUUUGGGAACCAUUCGAUCGAGAGGAUCUACGAGACAAGAGCUGGGUGAGCCCUCCAAUAGUCCAAGAACAAAGAAGGGCAGAAGCAAGGCAAAACAAGAAGCAAAUAAGGAGGAAAGUGACUCUCAUGGACAGGACUUACCCAGUCUAACUCGUACAAGAUCAGGAAUGCAGCCUGUGAGAGAAGGGGAUGAUAAGAUUUAUGAAACCCCUGGUCCACUAUCUGAGCCAGGGAUUGUGAUUGAUGGAGAAUGGACCAAAAAUCACACAUACAUUUGCUGUUCUUGUGGAGCAGGAUACUUGGAUCUUGCUGACAUGAUGGACCACAAGUGGGAGUCACAUCCGUCAGUGUGGUGUGCUCAUACCAUGAUUCAGGGACAGGGAGAUGUCCCAGCUAGCUUCUGCAGACAGUAUCAGCCACCUACCUCUCAACCACCCAAACUUGCACUACCUGGCACCACUCCCAAACAAACCCCUUCCAGUACACCAAGUCGGAGGAAUUCAGAUGCAAACACACCUACCCCAGCUGAGAAGCCUCAGUAUGUCUGCUCGCUUUGUAAGCUCGAGUUUCAAGAAAGAACUCCGUUCCAUACACAUUUGGUAGAGUGUGGAGGCCUCAAUCAUGUGGCAUCUUCCAAGAAAAAGAAUAAGAAAGGUUUCAGGUGAGUGUUUAUUUGAUGUUUUAAGUUGAAUGAUAUCACUGA